GCAAAAGAGAUCACGAGUUCUGUCAAAGAGCAGGAAGCCAUCAGGAAGCUCAUGGUUUUCUGGCAGGAAUGGGAUAGUGCCCACAAAGUUGCUCAAAGCCACAUCCUGGACAACUUCUUUAAAAGCAAUGACAGCAAGACAGAACAAGAGCUGGAGCUGGAGUUCUCUUAGGGAGCCAGCUUGUUUCUGGCUUGCCUAACAGUGUGGCUCAGGAUGACCUACGUGCAGAGCACAUGCCUCGACAAGCUGCUCGAGUCCGUUGGCAUCUUCCUGUCUGCUGCAAGUGGACGCAGAUACCUUACUGAAUUUCUGGAGAUCGGAGGUGUCUUGAUUCUCCUGGAAAUACUAGGGCUGAACCACCUGAAAGAAGAGGACAAAAGGGAAUCUGUGAAGCUGCUGCAGCUCAUUGCAGACGCUGGCAGGAAGUAUAAGGAGCUCAUUUGUGAAAGAUACAGUGUGCGAUCCCUUGCCAAAUUCGUGACCACUUCCAACUCAGCAGAGGCUCAGGAAGAGCUGCAGGUUCUGCUGGACUCUUUCGGCCACAGCAAUUCCAAGUACCAGAACCAAGUCUGCAAAUGCCUCAUCACUGUGCUGCUGUACGCCUCCCCUCGAGCUCAGCAACUGGCUCUGCAGAUGCUCAGAGUCAUGCAGGAUGUAGUGGAGGAGGCACUCUCUGUCCCCAUGGAGCCCGUGCUGCGCGUGCUGUGCUCGGUGCACCUGGAGGUCCAGUACGAAGCCAUCCAGCUGAUGAAGGCCCUCGUGGCCCCUGAGGUCCAGCCGGCCCGGCUGAAAGGCCUGGUUGCGCUACUGAUGCCCCCCAGGAAGAAAAGCAGGGCGCGGUGGCCCAGGCUCUCUGAGCUGGAGCCCGUGCCAGUGUCCAUUCAGCAGGCAGCUGCUGCAAAAGCCAUUGGCAUAUUAGCCAAGGAGUCAGCAGAAGCAGAUGAAAAGCUGAUCCAGCUGAAAGUGGUACGUGGCCUGAUGGCUGCUGUGGGGAACCUGGAUCACGUGGCCAGCCAGAGACACGCCAGCAUCUCCCUGGAGUAUUUUGUCCCCACGUUUCCCUUUGUGGAGGAGUGCGUAAAGGCACUUGGGCACACACUGUUCUAGUGCUUUAUGGACAGUCCUGAGAUGUGGUACACAAAACUGGAUCCAGUCCAGGCUGAAGAAGUGGCCUCCAAUAUCAUAGGCAUCCCCAGAGACAGGGCAAGGCUACAGUCCACAGAGGACAGGUUGUGA